UUGUGUUGAACAUGUCUCCGUUUCGUGCGAAUAACUUUUUAGUUUCAAAGUGUCGCUGUGUGUAUCGGGAGUGACAAAUUCGGCUCGAAUCAAUGAACGAUCGUCGCGGAGUGUUAAUUAACACGUGGAGUGUUGCAUUGUGAUUGGGAUUAGUAGAUUUAUCCGACUUUCUCGAAAUUCGCAACUAGACCAGCGACACACGCAUCGGUGUGAAGUUGUCCCGCGUCUCUUUUUACAUAUCGAAGUACAUACAUAUCGACAUAUCGAAGCGCGAUAGAUAUCGAGAGUGUCUCGCAAUCGAAUUAAUAGAUUUCUUCGAGAUUCGCAUCUAGAUGAAUGAAGUUUUCCCGCUCUUUUUACGUAGAUUAUGCAUGUACAUAUCGAAAUGCGUCGGACAUUCGUGAACCUCGGGAGUGUUUCGCGUUACUUAGUAUAUAGAUAUUCUCCGUAAUAAGCAUCGGCAGUGCCAUAAUAAAGUGCCGGACGUUAAUUGUAUUGCGAUAAUUAACGCGCGCGAUCAUUAGCCACCUUUCAUGUUCGAUGCAUUCGUCGCGAGUGAGUGUUCAAUGAAAUCAACAACAAAAUAGCGCUGAUUGGAUUUUCUGGUAUCUUUCGUCUAAUGCAGUGGCCUCUCCCGUCCGACGAACUUUAUGAAAACUCCGAUAGUCGACAUCGAGGCGGCACCAAGGUCACGAGGGAGGAGCUGAGGUCAUCGCGGCAUCUAUGUUGUGCGGCGAACUCCUGAACGGCGGCUUCGUCAGUGCCGGAGCGGUACCGGUGGUUCCCUACAGUCUCCCAGGACUCUGGUUACCCGGUUGCCUGCGUGCUACCAGUCCACGCCUAUUGACCUCACCCUAUCUGACCCUGCUGGCCGAGCUUCUGGCCGCGGGCCGACUCGAGCUACGCGACGAUCUUCUGGAGUUGAUGGAUCUGGCAAAGAGGAGCCAUCAGGCUCCGACUGGCAACAACGGAGCGCCCGAGCUCGAUCUUGAUCUCCACGCCGAUGACAUCGAAGAGAUCUUCUUGGAAAACGGCCUCCUCUCCUUCGAAAAUCCCAAUUAUCAUCUGGACCCGGCUCGUCUGGACGAUGCGUUGAACAGCAACGGAAACGGCAGCUCUCUCUAUGAUGAAUUGUAUCAGGAAUUGGUCGGCAGCGGUGGUAGAGGCGGCGAGGUGACCGGCGGUGGGGGUGGGGGUGGAACGAGGGUGCAAGCUCGCCGAACCUACGCCACAUUGGAUCUGGGCAGCAUGGGGGUGGACGUCACCCAGGGCCCUCUCACGCAGGAUUCCGUGACGGACGACGCUUCCGACAACACGGACAACCAUAACCUAGGGUACGGCUGCGAGGGUGUGGCGGAGUCCGCUCUCGUCGACGACACCCUCAACGGGAAUCCCCGCUCGUCAUCCCCGUCGUCGUCGAGCGCGAUCCUGCCUCAAUCUCACACCCUACAGUCAGGAUCGAUCGACGCUACGGACACUUCCGGGUCGAGAAAUUAUUGCGAGAAACCUGACAACGAGACCACAGAGAUGGGAGGUGUGCCGCACGUGGAGGGUGGCCUGAACAGUGAGUUGUACGCGGUGCCGGUGAAACGACGACAGCCAAAAGACCAGAAGAACAAUGCGAUUCUGCAGAACAAUACCCAGGAGAAACCGACGGACGUGGAUAGCACCGAUUCCGAGGAUAAAGAUGAGAAUCUGCCGGCCGGAUGGCAGAAGCACGAGGAUGAGAAUGGACCUUAUUAUUGGCAUGUGAAAAGCGGCAAUAUACAGAGAGAACCUCCAGAGGCUCCGUUGCAUUCAAAAACGGAAGCGCGUCGAAGUCUGGUCAAGGAUAAUGAUAGCAUAAACAAUUUUCACACUUUGAGCGGAAUGGUGAACACGGUGACUCGCAGCAACACGAGCUCGGCUCUGGACCAGGAAUUGGAAAGCAAAAGGAAAAUGGAAUUGGCGCUCAAACGAAGAAGCUAUCCCGCAAGAGCGGAUUCCGAGGGCAGAGACAAGCCGAUCAGAUUUGCCGUGCGAUCCUUAGGUUGGACGGAAAUUGCGGAAGAGGAUCUAACACCUGAGAGAAGCAGCAAGGCCGUGAACAAGUGUAUCGUGGAUCUUUCACUCGGUAGAAACGAUCUGUUGGAUGUCGUUGGACGAUGGGGCGACGGCAAGGAUCUAUUUAUGGACUUGGACGAAGGGGCGCUCAAACUAAUCGAUCCAGAGAAUCUCACCGUAUUAAACACGCAGCCUAUUCAUACAGUUAGGGUAUGGGGCGUAGGAAGAGAUCACUGUCGCGAAAGGGAUUUUGCUUACGUAGCAAGAGAUCGAUCUACCAGGAAACACAUGUGUCACGUGUUCCGUUGCGACAUUCCGGCGCGCACGAUCGCGAACACGCUUCGCGACAUUUGUAAGAAGAUAAUGAUCGAGCGUUCACAGCAUCAGAAUCUAGCGAAACCGGUGGACAUCAAUGGCCGGACUAGUCUAGCUACGAGACCUACUAAUCUGCCCACUGAACAUCGACGCUUCCACAGAAACGGUCAAGCACUAGUCACACAAUCUUUUCCAACGCCGAUGGAAGAGCCGAAAAAGGUGCUGCGAGCGCAGUAUCUCGGAUCCAUGCAAGUCAAUCAGGCGACUGGCAUGGAGGUGUUGAACGAGGCGAUAGAACAUAUCGUGACGAAUACGCCGCUCAAUCAAUGGCGAAACGUCAACGUCGCCGUAGCUCCUAGCAUGAUUUCAAUUCUUACGCCGAACGAUGACAAGCUCAUCACCGAGUGUCGAGUACGCUACCUGUCAUUCCUCGGUAUCGGUCGCAACGUGAAGCAAUGCGCUUUUAUCAUGCAUACCGCGCAAGAUUUGUUCAUUGCACACGUUUUCAACUGCGAGCCUAGCAGCGGAGCUCUCUGCAAAACAAUCGAGGCCGCUUGUAAACUGAGGUAUCAGAAAUGCUUGGACGCACAUCCGCAGGGUUUUAGAAAUGCUAGCAGUCUUAAUACUCCGAGUGGCAGAGGGUUAGGCGCGACCUUGAAGUCUUUAGUUGGUUCCUUGACUGGCCGUAGAAACAAGCAGGGCGAAUCCUGAGACGAGGCUCUCUCGCUGCAGGAACUCUGGCCAUUGCCUGCUGAGCGAGAGGUGAUCCGACACAGGCAUCUCCAGUCGCCGUUGACCCUCAAGUAUUUCGGAAGCUCACCGCCGAGCGCGUCCCUCAAGUCGCUGCUUUCACCCUCUUUGGACACCAGGCGUAUCCAGCUUGCCCGCUGGGAGAGCAAUCCUUAAAGAAACAUGAAAAUAGAGUCUGAAGUGCCAGGAGGCGCUGUAGGGCAAAUGGAUAUUCUCUUUAUGAUGUAAACGACUGAAAUUUCGCGAAAAAUUCCACAGAGUGCUAUACCAGUACCACAGCUAUAGUGGACUACGCUUACCUAUGUCGAUAUGAUGUUAUGUAUGUUAUGCAAUGUAUGGUAAGGGAAGAAGGAAUUCGCGAAUUUGUCGAGAGUUGGAAGCGAUAUUGGGUCGCGCGGCGAGCAUGUCGGAAAUUUUUAAGAGGCAGCAUGUACUAGCUUGCGAAUAUUCGCGAAAAAUCGAUAGAUUAGGGGUGGAGGAAUACGAAGGAAUCGAAAGAGUGUUCGAAGAAUAAAUUGUCUGUACAUACACGAGGUGAUGAUUACGCGCUAAAUUUAAUCAACUGCUUGCUCGAAUUGGCAGGGAAAAGAGAAGGAAUAACCCGCCCAUAGAAUUUCACGAGCGAAUCGGAGAAUGAGUGAGCUGCAGUUAACGUAGUAGUAAGCAUAAUAUCCGCGAAGGCAUUCGAGGAGAUUCGAGGAGAGCUAUAGAGAGAGCUUGCGUAUAUAUAUAUAUAUAUAUAAAAAUAUAUAUAUAAAUAUAAAUAUAAUAUAUAAACUCACGUGUGGCGUGUAUUCUCGGGUGUACAGAUUAGAGAAGCGAGACGAGGGAGAUGACCGGGUCGUACGGGACACACACGCGUACAUACAUGCGUGCGAAGAAGAACGCACUUCCGCACAGACAAACACACCAGCACGCGCACCGCGACUGUAUCGGAUAUCCCGCGAACUUACCGCGUUUUUCGGCGACGAGAUGCGCGAUAGGUUCGAGGAAACUUCGGUAGACAUACACACGCGCACGUUAACACGACGGCCGAUAGGGAGUUUAUUUUUUAUGGCGAAUUAGUAGGAGCUUUAAAAAAAAAAAAAAAAAAGAACUUGCAGCACUUCGGAGAUUAUGAAGCCGAUACGACAAAUACUUAUACCGCGACCGUCCUUUAGACUUUGAAUCGGGGGAAAGGGUGGAUGGGGGAGGGCAGCAAAGGCGAGAAAAUCAGUGAUUAAGAUGCGAAAAUAACGCGUCCGCGAUAAUAAAUGAUUAAAUCGAAUAACCACGGUAUUAAUAAUUGUUAUCGAUGAUAAUGAUUAUUUUCGUAAACGCGAACGGUAAAUAAUAAUUAUUAUCGCUAGACGCAUCGUAGCACACAAUAACGUAUUACAGCUGAAAAAUCGUAUGCAUAUCAGGCCACUGCACUUUUUUCCGAUCGCUAUUCAAGGGAUAGAUGCAUGCGAAAGAUGUAUGUUCGUGCAAAAGCAAUUGUUAAAAAAGAGUCAGAUGUACGAUUUAAGACACGCAUCUACACACAUACUAGCCCUACUUACGUAGAAACACGUAGGUGCCAAGCAUGGAUUGCAUCUCGCACUAGCGAUCGCCGCUAUCGUAGAAUUUAGAAAACGAUUCAGACGUUUUUGUGGUAAUAUUUAAAAAUUCGAUCGCAUCGCACCGCGAAUUCACAAAAUCCACGUAUACACUUACUAAUGUACACGCGUGCACACUGAUGACGAUUAUACGUAAAUGAGACUCGCCGCUGUUACUGGUUCAGAAAUGGAAUAUUAGACAGAAUUUAGACAGAAUAUGUGCUCUCUCUCUAUGUCCAAUUAAUUUUUUAUCAAUUUUAAUUUCUUCUCAUUUUAAAAUAAUUAUGUGAACAAAUAGCUUAGUGUAUUUUAAGACUUGAUAAAUAAUUUGUAAACUCUUCUCUAUUAAUCAGCUCUCUUUGAAAUAAAUUCAAGUGACGUUUAUUAAUGGAUUAUAGUCAGAGAAAAAAAUAUGAGAUAUGCGAUCGAGUUACUAAAAUCGCAUCGUUCUAUUUUUCUCGGAGGGAUUCUUUUCCAUUAAGAGAGCGCAAUUCUUGUCGUCCUGCGAGGACGGUCACGUCGUACGAGCCAUCGUCGUUGCGAGAGAUACAAAGUUGUGCGGGACCCAGAACGAAGAUAUUUCUAUGUAGCACUUUAAGUAAAAGAAAAAAAAAUAGUCAGAGAGAAGCGGAAAGAAGAAGAAGGCGAGAUAUAAUAGAGCGUUGCGGGAGAGUGUGCGUGAAAGGAUGAUGAGUGUGCAUGGAGUAUGCUGCUGAUUGGGCAGAGCGAUUACUAUUAUUAUGUAAAUAGUUUAUCGCAAGAUCUUUCUUUCGUUUCGUUUCGUAUCGUGAGAUUGGAUGGAUGACAUCUCGAUAGACGCGCGUCGCAUAACUGACUUGCAUUGAAUUGUAUAGUGAAUUGUAGGAGAGAAAAAUCGCCAAUCGGCGUCGCGAGUCUGUAAUAAAACAUGGGAUCGAAAGAGCUUAGUGGGAAUUUGUUCUGCGAAAUUAAAUUUCUCGUUUUCAAAGUCGAAGAUUUCGUUACCAGUGUUUUGGCAUAUUCUCUUGUGCUUCGAUGUAUAUUUUGCUUCUACAAUUACAAAAAAUUGUGAUUACCGAUCUCUCUUGAAAAAUAAUGUAACUUCGCAGACAAGUUUUCGCCUAUCUCUCUUAAUUCGUGCGUUUCCUUUUUUUUUUAGAGGAAAGACAGAAAAAAUCGUGAGAGAGAAGAAUUAUAAAUGGUAUGGAUGUAAAUAUAAUAUAAACGUGUAGAGAGUAAGGCCGAAGCUAUGGAGAAUUCAACGGAUAUACACAUUCACAUCAUCGCACCGCACUUGCACACGAUGCAUUAUUUCACUUUCUCAUACACACACACACACACACACACACAUAUUCCCAAGUACGUGUAUACAAAAGAGAGCAGAACAUACACACAUAAAUUGCGCAUAGCUUAACUGUCUCUUUAUAUAAGUGUUGACACGGGAGAAAUAAUAUUGGAGGAGGAGUUGGAGGAGAAGGGUUCGGAUGGUUAAACAUGACAGGAGCCACUUGUAAUUGACAUAGCAUAGCGAACCUUACUGUAUUUACCGUGACAUGUAAUACCCUUAACGAGAAAGAAACGCGAAUCUAUACUGAUAGAAGAAUUGUUCUGCACAAAACACGAUGCUUCAUUGAUAAUUACAGUGUCUCUCUCUUUUCUCUCUCUCUCUCUCUUUCUCUCUCAUUCUCUCUUUCUU